UUUUAAGUGGUGCUUCAGGUUUUCAGAGGUUUGUGACUUACUUUGGCAUUGCUAGGACUUGCUAGUUCUUGGGGCCUAAAAUGGAUGGUGAAGCAAAAUCUCCAUGCAGUGAGGCCUUAGAGGGCAAACCUCCUGUGCAAACAAAAGAAUCUGGAUCCCUAAAGUCAAUCUUCUUAAGAGUUACUCAGAUCUGGCCUCUUAAAUAUGUGUUCAAGAUACUGAAGAAGAUUCUGUCCCUAGCUGGACUUUCUCCAAAAAUUGAAAAUGUAGGAACUGCAGAGUCUAAAUCUCCCUAUGGCAGACGAUUUGUGAGUGGAAGAAAAAGGCUUGGCCGCUUUGCUCGUCUUCUGCUCUCACUUGCCCCUCAAAGACUACAGUGUGCUCUGGGCUACCACUCAGCAGAAAGUAUAGGGCAGUCUGCAGGGUCAGAUGAUGUCAGGAAGUCUCCUCUGAAGCCAUGUGGAAAGGGCAGCAAGAGGAAGCAAGAUGAUCUUGAAGUAGAAGAGCAACAAAGCUGGGUGGCAUUAAUGAAUGAGGAUCUUCCAGAUGAAGAUGAGGAAGAUGAUCCAACUUAUGAACCCAGUAAUACAGACACAGACAGUGAAGAACACCAUUCCAAAAAUGACACAGAAAGUGAUCUUGAAGUUGAGGAAAAAGAAGGGGUCGUGAUGCUCAAGGAAUCUCCAGCAAAGAAACCGGAGGCCAUGGUCAAUGGUGACCCAUCAAAUAAGGAGGAAAAGCAAAUUGAUGAAAAGCCAGCCAAUGAAAAUCAGAAAACAGAUGACGAACAGCAUACUACCAACCCUUCUGCAGAAUAACUCGUGUGGCAUACAUACCAGCUUGAAUGGUUCAUCUGCAUUCUCUGAGUGCUAUUUCUGUAUUAUAUGGACACUUCUCUUGCCAACUUUUUUGCUAAUGUAUCAAUAAAUAUUUUUCACUGAA